CAGAGCAGGAAGAAGCAGAAGAAGAAGCAGAGAGGACGGAGAGAAAGCAGCAGAGAGAAAGAAAGAAAGAGCAGCAGCAGCAUUAGAAGAAGAAGAAGUGUUUGUGGAGAUGAAGGUGUGUGUGCUGGUCCUGGGUCUGGCCCUGGUUCUGACCGUGGUUCUGGCCCGGUCCCCGUACCAGGCGGUCCUGCAGCACAGCCGGAUCCGAGGCCGGCAGCAGGGGCCGAACGUCUGUGCCAUGCAGCAGCUGAAAGGAACCGACAAGAAAUAUUUCACCAACUGUAAACAAUGGUACCAUCGCAAGAUCUGCGGGAAACCCACGGUGAUCACCUACGAGUGCUGUCCCGGCUACGAGAGGAUCCCCGGAGAGAAGGGCUGUCCCGCUGCGCUGCCUCUGGUGAACAUCUACAACACUCUGGGCGUGGUCGGAGCCUCCACCACCCAGAUGUACUCUGAGCGAGCGCAGCUGAAGGAGGAGAUUGAAGGUCCCGGCAGCUUCACCUUCUUCGCCCCGAGCAACGAGGCGUGGGCCGCCCUGCCCACGGAGAUCCUGGAUGCUCUGGUGAGCAACGUGAACAUCGAGCUGCUGAACGCUCUUCAUUACCACAUGGUGAACCGCCGGCUGACCUCCGAGGAGCUCAAACACGGAUCCUCCUUCGCCUCCAUGUACCAGGACUUCCACGUCCACAUCCACCACUACCCCAACGGGAUCGUGACGGUGAACUGCGCUCGUCUCGUCAAACCCGACCAACACGCCACCAAUGGCAUCGUGCACGUGGUCGACCGCGUCAUCACCGCCAUCUCCAACAACGUGCACACGCUUCUCGAUGUCGACGACGACCUGGAGACGCUGCGCACGGCGAUGACCGCCGCGGGUCUGUCCCCCAUGUUGGAGACCGACGGUCAGUACACCAUCUUCGCUCCCACCAACGAGGCCUUCGAGAAGAUUCCUCAGGAGACCCUGAACCGGAUCCUGGGAGACCCCGUGGCUCUGAAAGACAUGCUGAACUACCACAUCCUGAAGAACAUGCAGUGUGCCGAGUCCAUCGUGUCGGGGACCCCCAUGGAGACUCUGCAGGGCACCGUGCUGGAGGUCGGCUGUGACGGGGACCAGAUGACUCUGAACGGGAAGGCCAUCAUCACCAAGAAAGACCAGCUGGGAACCAACGGAGUCAUCCACUACAUCAGCGAGCUGCUCAUCCCCGACUCAGCCAAAGUCCUCCUGGAGCUGGCUGAAGACUCAUCUGUUGCCAUGGCCACCAAGCUGUUUGUUGACGCCGGCCUGUCUCCUCAUCUGACGGGCUCCGAGGCUCUGACCCUGCUGGCUCCUCUGGACGAAGCCUUCAGAGGAAGUGACAUGCGUAUGACUCCUGACAUGAAGAAGCUGAUGACCAAUCACAUCCUGAAGCAGCAGCUUUCCUCCAAUUCUCUGUACCACGGUCAGGAGCUGGAGACGCUGGGAGGACUCAAACUGCGAGUGUUCGUCUACAGAGACAACCUUUGCAUCGAGAACGCCUGCAUCGCCGCUCACGACAAGACAGGACGCUACGCCACCAUGUUCACCGUGGACAAAGUCCUCACGCCGCCGAUGGGCACGCUGAUGGACGUCCUGAAGGCCGACGACCGCUUCAGCAUGCUGGUGGGGGCCAUCCAGACGGCAGGGAUGACGGAGCUGCUGAACCAGCCGGGGGCGCUCACCUUCUUCGCCCCGACCAACGACGCCUUCAACGCUCUGCCGCGGGCCGAGCUCAACAGGCUGCUGCGUGACUCUGUGCAGCUAACGGCGAUGCUCAAGUAUCACCUUGGCGACGGGAUGCUGGUGAGCGGCGGCGUCGGCUCUCACACCAGGUUCAAACCUCAGCAGGGCGAGCGGCUGGAGAUGGGCGUGAGGAACUUCACCGUGUACGUGAACCGCAUCCCGGUGGCGGCCGCCGACCUGAUGGCGACUAACGGAGUCGUCCACGGAGUCAACAGCAUCAUCAAACCUCUGCCUCCUAAGGUGGACCGUGUGCAGGCUGACGGACCUGCAGCUCCUCUCAGAACGGACUCGUCCUCCCGGGUCGACUCCAAGAGCUUCAGGAACGACGACCUGUUCCAGAAGGUGAUCCGGAGCCGCUCCAGCCGGACGAUGAGCCAGUGAAGCUGCAGGACGUCUGAGGAGCCAAAGAGCAGAAGAAGAAGAAGAAGCAGAAGAAGAAGAAUCCCCUCCAGCCUCCAGACGGCUGAUCUGGUUCAGUCCCAGAGAGAAACGCUUCAACUUUACUCUAACUUUCCUUCAUCACGUCCCGACUCACCGUCUCUGUAGGAAAGAUCAAACGUUUAGUGUCUAAAUGUGACUUCAACUGGAUAAAAAGUCAGUUUGUGACCAGAAAAACAAAGAUAAAGUCGACUUUUUUAAUAGAUUUUUAUGCAAAACAUUUUAAAAACAAACGUUAUAAAAUGUGAUGAAAUAUACAAACACCAUGUUUCAGUGACUGAAGGAUUCUGGGUAAUCAGACUCUGUGUGAUGUUUUCUUUCUUUAUGUUAAUGUGUCAAAAUGCAGAAUAUGAUAAUGAAGGUUGUUGAAAGGCAUUCUGGGAAAUGUAGGAAACCACUAGGUGAGUGUGACGAGUGUCUGGAGGGUCUGAGGGGAUUUAUUUUUUUAUUUUUUUAUUUUCUCUGUACUGUAAACAACAAACAAACAGUUUGAACUUUCACAUGGAAAACUUUUGUAAAGUGUGUUUCUGUUUACUGUCUGAGCUCAAACAAACAAACAAAACAAACAAACAAACAAGUUGUUUGAAGGAUUUCUGUAACUUUUUUAGGAUUUUUUUUCUCUUUGUGUUUUUUGUAAAAUAAAACUGAAAAAUGAGCUCUGAAA